AUGGUUCCGUUCAUCUUUGUCGGCACCAAGGAGAACAUCGGGAACGUGCAGGUGCUGCUGGAGUACCACAUCUCAUACCUCAACGAGGUGGAACAGUUGCGCAUGGAGCGGCUGCAGAUUGAUGAGCAGCUCCGUCAGAUCAGUCAGAGUCACCGCUCCUCAGACAGAGGCUCCUACACAGAAGGAGGCUCCAGGAGCUACAACAUGAGGGGGCGCAGGGGGCGGGGCCACGGCUACAGCACCGGAUAUGGCACAAACUCAGAACAGUCCAACACCUCCGAGACGGACUCCGAGCGCAAAGACGAGCUCAGCGAUUGGUCGUUGGCCGCAGAGGAUCAGGACAGGGACAUGGAGCGAGGCUCGAGGCCGCAGAGGGACAGCCGCCGCCGGCCUGGACCCGGCAGAGGAAGAGGAGCUGGAGGAAGAGGCAGAGGAAGAGGAGGAUACAAUACAUCUGGCUACAGAGACCUCCAUAGAGACCACCUUGCAGACCACGCCUCUGCAGAGAACACCACAGAGACCGACCAGACGGCUGACACAGAUGCCUCAGAAUCACAGCUGUCGACCAACCGCCGUCGGCGCUCACGCCGUCGCAGAACAGACGAGGACGCCACGCUCAUGGAUGCCAGCGAGUCUGAUAACACGUCUGUGGGCGAGAACGGAGUCGAGGAUCCUGAAGCCAAACCUCAGCGGCGCAACCGCAGUCGGCGCCGUCGCGUCCGUUACCCAGAGGAGAGGCCGCCAGUGACAGUGGCAGACUACAUAUCCAGAGCCGAAUCUCAGAGCCGACAGCUGCCUAAGAAGGACUCCAAGAAAAAUAAAGAAGUGGUGGAGCCCAUUGCAGAGCACGGACCUGGGACUGCUUCAGAGAACGGCCCCCGCACCCCUGCCUCCCCCACACGCCCCACCGCCUCCCCCACACGCCCGGCCUCCUCACCAACACACCCCCCCUCCUCCCCGACAUGCCCCCCGGUGGAGACUGUGGUGAACGGCGUGUCGUAG